ACUUCAGUGUUUCGUUUUCGCUUGUCGUAUAUGGUGUACAAUAGAGUAUGAUUUUGAUGUCUUGAUGUUAUAAAUUAUGCGGUGUUUGCGUUGGGUUGUGGAUUCUUUGUUUUGUUAAAAUAACAGUGUUGUGGAAACAAGAAAGAAUUUAAUUAUAUUUAAUUAUUAUUCUGAUAUAAAAUGUGAUUUCAACAAUGUAAUAUAUGUAAUGUUGAAGAUAUAGUGGAGUGGCAAAUAUGAUUGCUUACCAAACUUACAGAUAAUAGAGGGUGCGAAAUGUACCGAAAGCAAAGUGCAUCGGAAAGCAGCAGUAGCAGCAGAAAAUGGAAGAAAUAAGUGGUUGUGUGAGUGGAGUUUAAGAAAGAAGUGCAUUGAAAAAGUAGCAAAAAUUAAAUACAAGCAAAAGAAAUUUUUCCAAUUAGCACCUACACAUGAGUGUGAAUAUGUAAAACCACAAGUGUCGAAGUCUUAUCCAGCGAGAACAGUAAAGAAAAAAAAAACAACAUUAACAAUAACAAUAAAACCAUUCACAAUCGAAAUCAACACAUCCAUUUCACAAAAGAUACUUUGAUAAAAAGAAGAAUUCAAGAUAAACCAGGAUUCCUUACACAGAAGUCCUAAGCUAAUUGGAGAAUUAAAGCGGAAAUUAAGAUAUGUAAAUUGGAUUGUCCGAAAUGGAGGAGUCAAAUGGAGCGCAGCAGCAACAGCUUGAACAGCAACAAAAUCUGCAGAAGCAAAACACCGCCAAUAAUGUAAACCAAAUGAAAAAUUUGAAUGAAAACGAAGAAUAUGAAACAAAAGGCAAAAGCCAAAGUACUGAUACUAGUGAAAAUUAUGGGGACGAACAAACGAAACCUACACAACACACACUAAUAAACACAAUAAAGCCACCGAAUAACUGUUUCAAAGCUGCGGAGGAGCUGAACGCCACAGCACCGACGGAAGCAACGGAAGUGACGGGAGCGGUGGCUAACCGUAACGAAGAGACUGAAAAUGCGGCCAUGGUGGACGCUGAUGCGGCUAAGAUGAGUAGCGCAGCAGCAACACCUUCAGAUACAAAUCUAAACAAGAUGAAAACGACGAAGACGACAGAAAAUGCAAACAACUUGGCAAUAGCCACAACAACAACAGCAACAACAACAACGGCUAUAGCUAAAGAGAAGAGCAGACAACCCAAUUGCAAUUUGAGCGAAUUUGCAGUACCAGCCAUACCCCCCAACACGAAGAAGCACAGCACGAGCGGCGGAGCUGGUGCUGGUGCUGGUGCUGGAGCUGGUGGUGUUGGUGGCGCUUGUACUGGUGCCAAAAAGAAGCGCACUAAAGGUGGCGCUAAACACCGAGAAGAAAAUGAAACACGCAAUGUUGCCAACAACAACACUAAGGUAAAAUGCAAUAACACCGUUAGAGGCGUAACAGCGCAUGGGAGUCGCUGCCAGGGCAACGACACGACAAUUAUGCCUCUAAACAAUUCCAAUGCGAGCGGUGUGGCCAAUAUGAAGUCAUCCGUAUCAAUGACGUCACUGCCGCCUGAUGAUGAAAAGACUGAAGAGAGUCGUGACGUAAUUAAAGCGAAGCUAAGAGUCGAGCGUCCUUACAAUAGCUUGAAGAAAAACAUCGAACGCAAUGUUGUCGGCUCGACGUUGGGUGUGAAACCGCACUGUUUGGGACAAAAUCUUAGUUGUACUAGCAGCUGCACGAACCACCGCUACUCUUGGGGCAGCGGUUACAGUUAUAGUUCGUCGAGUUUGCAAAGCAGUGCCACCACACUCGGUCUUGGUUCGGCUAAAGACGACCUUUGGGCAGUUAUACAAGCUAACUAUAAUUAUAUUAUGGACACAAACCUGUUGGAUUCAUGCAAGGAGACCGAGCGGCAUCUGGCGGAACAAUAUGGGGCCGAUAGUGUAGAUUGUGGGGAAUCGCUGAAUGUGAAGUUGUUGGGCGUAACGCAACAGCGCGAAACUUCAUGGCACGAUCCGCGAGAGUUGCGCAAAUGGUUGAGAGAUAUGGAGGAGCGGUUAGAGAACGCGCCGACUUUAUCAGCGGCUACAACAUUAACGAUAACAGAAUUACAAAGCUGUUUAGCUGAACACUCGGUGUUAUACAAUGAAAUUGUAUCGCAUGCCCGAGUGGUGAACGCCUGCAUCCGUUUGGCAUUGGAGAAACAUCAAGGAGAGGUACAACUGCAACUACAACAACAACAACAACAACAACAACAACAACAACAGCAGCAGCAACAGCAGCAGCAGAAAGACGAAUACCCACCACAAUCGCUCGAUCGUUGCAGCACAAUCGUUGCCGAACAAACCCGCUCCUCCUCCUCACCCACACCCAACAGCGGCGAGACGCCACUGUCAAAGCCUGCACUUAAUAAGGAAGACGAUCAAGAAGAGCCUCAAUCACUUGAUAGUUGCGGUACAGUUGUAGCGGAGCAAUUAAAUUUAUCAACAACCAGCAAUAAAGCGCAAAUACCACCAACUCCACCUAACAAGGGUGACAAUAACGAUUUGAGUAUUAGCAGCUACAGCGGUGUAGAGAGUGUUGAAGGCUCUCCACUGUCGGCCGCGAAGUCAUUGGAUAUAUCCAGUACUGAUUCGCUUGCAGAGGCAGUGAACACCAAGUUUGUGGAGGAGAGUUUGGAGCGCCUGCAGAACCGUUAUCAUCUACUGUAUUUAAAGGCGUUCGAGAUACAACUCUGCCUGGACGGUUUGCUACGCAAGAAAGGCUCAAAUGCGAGUAUUCCUGAUGCCAUCGAUUGCAUUGAUGACGAUGAAAUUGUGAAUUGCCCUUCAUCCGAUUGCGAAGAGGAUGAAAUUGCUGUUGCAACCGAGGACGAUUUAAAUAAUAUCGGGUCAGGCGUGGAAAGUGAUCAUACACAUAAUUCUUCAUCUGUUUGCGAACUGCCGGAUUGUGGUGAUUUAGAGGAAGAAGAAGAAGAAGAAGGUGCCAGCAGCGCUAUUAAGGCUGACUGUGAAGACGGUGACGACGAAGGUGAGGAGGACGAAGACGAAGUGGACUUUGGUCGCAGCAGAUUUGGCAGAGCGGGUCGAGGAGGCUACAACACAGUGUUGGUAACAUUCGACAAGCGUCUCAGUAGACUGGACGAUCCAACGCGAGCAACUACACUCACCGACUUCGAGGCUGACUCUGAGAGUAGUGAUUGGGAGAUUAGUCAACAACAUCAGCAACAACAACAGCAGCUGGUGUUGAUGCAAAGAAAGUUAUACAACGCCAGCAUUAGUAACCACCAUCUACAGCAGCAGCAGCAGCAGCAGCAACAACAACAUUUGUGGCAUGAAGGAUAUUCAAGCAAUUCAAAUACAUUCGUCACGCCGGUGAUUGGCGCGGAAAGUGGCAAUAACGUCACUAACCAAACACCACGAACACCUGAUAUUCCCACAUCUGACACUGCCAAUACAUACAAUAGUGGCCAUCACCACCACCACCAUCACUACCACCAAUGCUAUCAGUUGGCCGCAGAUGGUUUAGUUGUUCAUAAACAGCGGGAAAUCGCCUCAACCAGCAGUACACCAACGCCAUUGAUGUCGUUGAAAACGAAAAUGAAUCAUUUGCACACAGAUGGUGACAACGACGGCGUCGACGACCAACAACAGCAACACCAACAAAUGCUAGUCCCCUUGAGCGCGUCAAUGAUUGCAGCUGACCUAAACACCACCACUGCCAGUAACACCAGCGGCUCCACCAUCUCGACGGCAACACAGACACAACAAAAACUGCAAAUCCUGCACAACAACCAACAGGUUGGCGUUGGUACGCCGCCGUUGAAGCAAAAGAGCAUUGCCGUCAUAUCGCCGAAUAGUCACAACAAUAAAUCGCCAACGGUGUUGCGCAAGCGCCACCAACAACACCAACACCACACUGACAUCUCCAAGUUUAACCGAUCUAAUCGUAAGUCGAAAAACUGCGCUGUUUUCUACUUCAAGCACCUGGAUACGGACAACGAGACGAAUUGCAGCAGCAUCGGUGAUGCCGCCGACUUACCAAUGCAACCAGAUGGUCUGUCAUCGUCGGCCUCACAAACAAGCGAACAUCAUUUGUUGAAAUCGGCUGAUGCAUCAUCGGACGACGACGGUGGUUGGUUGUAUUCGUCCGUCUUGCCGCCGCCGCCGCCACCACAAGCGGACACACUGAUCAGCGAAUGUGCACGUAAAGGGGACGACAGCAAAGGUAACAACAGCUGCAUCACAACUGUAGUCAUCGAUGGGGUUCAGUCAUCAGCCGUGUCAUCUAGUUUAGCACUAACAGCAACAACCACGAAAGUCGUUCAUGCCGACUCAGACUCGGAUAAGGAGAACAAGGAAGCUAGUGUGACAACACUAACAACACAGCCAGCUAUAGCGACUAUUUGCUGUGCUGUGCAAUCAGAUAUCAGCUCGUCGUCAACACAAAGUCGCACACAAAUCACACACGCCGAAAUACAUUUGACUCCAGUGUGCAUAACUACAAAAGCAAAAAUAUCAUCACCACUGGUGUGCGCCGCAGCACCUCCGCCAUCGACGGCUGGCCGAACUGUCGCCAAAGGUAGUGCUGCCAGUUGUGGCAGUGGCAGCAGCAGCAGCUAUAGCACCAGAAGUAGUAGCUGCUCCUCAAACGAUCUGCUCACCGAGACGACAUCGGCCACGAAUACAACACAAAUUACACAAAUGCAUUUCCAACGCAUGCAUCGCAGCGAAAUGGAAUUACAAAUCGCUGGCAACUGCAACCAAUCCGAACAAAUGAUGCAAAUGCGAUACGGCGAUGCUACGGCCAACGGUGGUGUGGUUGGUGCGAUCACAGCCAACAGUGCCAAUAAUAAUAAUAAUAGUAAUAGUAAUAAUGGCGAUGUUGAUAAUUGCAAUAAUAAGAAAAAUAACAACAAAAACAAAAUUAGCAGCAGCAGCAACAACAACAACAACAACAACAACAACAACAACAGUGAUAGCAAUAGCAACAACCAGGACAACAAUGGAAAUUAUAACAGCAGUAGUAAUAAUAAUCAGCGUAUUGCUGUAUUGCACCAGCAGCAACAUCAAAAACUACCACUAGAGAAGCACCAACAACAGCGGUCACAAAAGAAUGAAGUCUCUUACACUGCCCAAUGGAUUCCUAAAAACGUCACCGCAUCAACUCCCACAAAACAACAACUACUGCAGCAGAUGGAGACCAAAAGAAGUCUACUGCCACCACGCUCGCCAAAUACUAAGUCAACGAAGGCGACUCACUCGGCAUAUCGAGGUGAUAGCGCCAGCGCAGCUAGCGUGACGAAGGGUAAACUCUCGCAUGAAUCAAUCAAACAGCUGGUACUUGAAGCCGAGCAUUUGGUACGUGACGCCGAGGCAUUAAAGACGCCGAAUAAACAGAAGCAGAAACAUUCCGUCAUCAAAUUGUCAUCGACGGUAAAGAAACGAGAGAUCGCCAUGCCAGGACCGAUCAAGCAACGCGUGCAAGAAUGGCUGGAGCAUCAACCAGCAACACCGGGGCAUAGAAUUCUCACGGAUGACUUACACACACACAACGCCAAUUCCAAAACAACUGAUGACUGCGAGGCAUCCGGCGAAGCGUCGGAAACUGAUUCUGUGCCCCAACCGUGCUCAGAUACUUCUGAAGAGCUAACGGAGUCCAUCGCCACAUGCAUGCAGACAAGCACAAACUCAUAUGGCGGCAACUCAACCGAGUGCUUUGGUGGCUCUGCAGAGCCUAUCCUCAGCACCAGCACAGUACUCGGUUAUGGCAGCAGCAAUCAGAGUCUGAAUGUUAAAGUGGUGAAGCGCCCUCAGACACGCCGUAAAUCGGAACGACCAUGGUCGGUGUCAUGUCUGUCGCAAUUGACUACAGAGACCGUGCAAACAGCAUCGACUGCACCGAUUGUGAGUCAUCAGCAAACAAGCCUCGCUACACACUCUAUCAGCGAAUCGGCACUGGACUCUUUAUCACCUGGACGCCAACGCGCCUCCUCUUCGUCCACCACCAAUGUAACACAAGUGAAGGCAAGCACUAGCAAGGGUUCGCUGAAACGGCGUAAGACGCGCAAGAAGAAAGUGUCCACUUCUGGCAAUACAGGCCUAGUGGGAACCAAUACACACACAACUGUGAAGCAGGCGCCAGAUUCUGGUUCAGAGGACACAGCCGAGGUGCCUCGUCUGGCACAAGCGUUGCUCAUGAAGUCAAGUGAUACGAUGUUUUCACAUCAAAUUCGUGAGAUAACAAGCGCACUAUUAAACUUGCAACGUAGCAAUGUCACAACAGCCAACGAAGAUGCAGUAGGAGGCAACUGUAGUGGUGCAGCACAGUCUUCCACAGUAUUGUCGCAACAGCUUGGCAUGCAGCAGCAAAGCGAAAUGGGCGAGGAAGCUCAAUUGAUGAAACCCAACUUUCGCGUGGGCUCCUACACCACCGCGUAUAUGCGCAAUGAGAAGCGGCUGGGUUCGUUAGCCGCCUUGGCCACUUAUAUGAAUGAUGAAGAGGAAGAGCAACAAGGAGACACUGGAAAUGAAGAUCACAGCAGUUUUUCGGAAACAGCCUGGGACAAUUAUCAAGAAAAAUAUAAUUCGGAGAAUUACUCUGAGGGCUUUGACUCGGAUGCAGCCAGAAGGCUUAUGGAAUUCGGCGACGAUUAUCGAAAUUUCAUCGAUUCGCAGUCAGAUUGCUGUUCUUCGCUGUCAGCUGCCAACAACUUGGAUUCAUUGUCGCCACCACGUAUGGAUUCAUUGCCACCAGUAGACACUAAAAUAAUCACGCAAGACACAAUAGCCAAUAGUGUGGAUCAUGCCAGACGUCGACGUGCACUUGACUUGGAAUAUGAGAGAAGGCGUAAAACAUUAGAAGUGCGCCGGAAAUCUUGUCAAGAUUCCACUGACUUACAGCAAACGCAAAGUCCUGUCAUAUCGAUGUCUUCUUCAUCGAAUACCAUUACACCGAAAUUCGGUUUGGAGAAACUGAAUCUACAGCAACAAAAACCGGAUACGGCAAGUCGUAAAUUGGAAUUCAAUAUGCAGCAUGCACAGUCACAGUCACUACGUCGCACAUCGGAAAGUGACACAUCGACACGUCGUCGUCGGGUUGACGAACGACGUCGCUCCUCACGCAAUCUAGAUAAGAGUAUCAAGGUUAUACCAGCUACUUCUUCGUCCAGUUGCGAUGAUUCUGCAGAUGAAAAGGAUUUACGUAAACUAUUGCAACAAAGUCGCAGUCGUCUAGAAGACACUGAGGCGUUAAAAAUACGUUGCCACCUAUUGCGUCCUGAGGAUUAUACCGAAAUCAUCAAGACUUGUCGUGACAAUUUGAAUUGUCUGGAAUCUGUACUCCGUGGCCCGCCCGGCACAGUCGUCUCUGCACAUUGUGCGAGCCAGACAAAAGAUAUUUUAGCCGCCUGGGAGGAUCUAUUGGGCUGGAGUGAAAAUGCCGCGUCCGCACGUAAAAUGCAAGAGGAGAUGAUCAUUCUGAAGCACUCCAUAAACAAAUUGGGCAAUAAAAGCACAUUCGAGCUGCUGGACACGGAACCGCAAAUUCAAAUCGCCAUUGAGGCGUUGCAGGAUGAAAAAUCAGAAUUACAAAAUUAUCGCACAAAAAUGCUACAACUCAAUAUCAGUGUACACAGUUGGCUAACACGUCAAGAAAGGCGUUUGCAGAAUGCGUUAGCUGAAGAGGAAUUGAAGGAGGCUGCUGGCAAAGCUGGCUUUGUAGAGGCUGCUGAAGCCAAAGAAGCGAGUCUCGAAGACGGUGGUGUUGAAAAGUCGCUGGAAAAGGUCAAUAACACUGCCACUACAGUGGAACACAGCGCCACGGUUAUUAAAUCAACCGUUAGCACCGCGGUUACGUCCGCCACCAUUGGCACGAGCACUGUGGCCACUGGCAGCAGACUCUUUGAUAUACAAACGUUGAUAAACUCCGAGAGUGAGUUCCACAAGCAUUUGAAAAAUGAAGUUAGCGACUUGUAUAGCGCCUGGGACGAUGCGGACGCAAGAAUCAGCACGCAAUUGGAGACCCUCACGAACUCGUUGAUCGCCUGGCGCCAAUUGGAGAACGGCCUCUACGAAUUUCAGCAAUCGCUCGGGCAUGAUCGUGGCACUUUGAAGGGUCUUGAGGGUGCGCUCGACAAAGGCCACGCGACACCGGGGGAGCUUGCACAGAAUGUCAAAGUCGUGGCUAAGUUACUUUCGGAACGUGUGCAAGUCAGUCAAGAGCAGCUCACCGCCGUGCAGGAGCAUUUGGAUCCCAAUCACAUAUUGAAUAUUGCCAAAUUCGCCGCUUCUAAUGGCUGCUACUCCGAUUCGGGCAUAUCCGAUGGCGCCACAUCUGACGGUGGUCUCUCAGAGCGUGAACGUCGACUUGGCGUUUUGCGUCGUCUCGUGAAGCAAUUGGAGCAGGCGUUAGCGCCCGGUAGCGAGGCGAUGAAAUCCAUUGCUGUACGCAUGGAGUCUGCCGAGGCCGAAUUGAAGAAUUUACAAAACACUUGUCGAGAUUUGAUUGUACGCACAGCGGCAACGCAUCAAAGCAAGAAAAUGCAACAACAAUUGCAGCAAACAGAGGCACAACAACUACAAGUACCUGGUGGGGAGAGCGACAGCAGCGAAGGCAACCACCACGAAGCUAAUAACGCCACAGUCAAUGGUCAUGCUGGUGGCAAAAGUGUUGGCCUAUCGCACGCACACAAUGGCGCGUUGAAACAAACUGCGACAAACAAAAGAAAUGGCCGCCGUAAGCACGGCAAACGUGUUAAUGCUGCCGAGUCUGAUAGCGGCGCCGCAAAUGCACAGCAUUUAUCGGCUGCUAAGACCGUCGCACGUAGUGGCGCGACAGCUGGGGCGCCGGACUCGGGUGAUCCCGCCGAUGAUCCAGAUCUGGAGUUUGAUAUGGACUUGGGCGAUGACAAAAACAACAAAAAUAGGCAAAAUAGUUGGGCUUGGCGCAUUGCCAAAGCGGCGGUGCCAAUGCAACUGGCUCUGAUCACCUUCCUGUGCGCUGCCUGUCUGAUGCAACCCAACUGCUGUGACAAUCUAAACAAUUUAUCCAUGAGUUUCACGCCUCAAUUGCGCUACAUACGUGGUCCGCCACCAAUUUGAAGUAACCUCUAGCAGCGCCCUAGGACAACACCGAUGCAGUGAGCAGUAACGUCAAACUAAUUGAUGAUCUGCCUUAACCACGCGUCGAUUGCUCCUAAGGAUCGUCUAGGAACUAACAUAGCCGAUAAGUUUGUUUACAAAAAGUUUUAAGUAGAACCCAACCGCGGCUCAAGUUAAGAACUUAUCGAUAACCGGUGCCCAAUAUAUGCAAUAAAUGCAAAAUAUGCAGUAAAUUUACAUAUCCUCCGAUCGAACGAUAUUCGAAAGGAGUUGAGACGCGUAUAUACAGCAGCAGCAUGGGUGCAUAAGCUAUAAGAUUAGGGUGAUGGUAGGACACUAAGCACUGGAGUUGGCACUUAAACUACAUAUUUAGUUUUUAAAAGUAUUUGA